AUGUACCAGAGCUUGGCCAUGGCGGCCAACCACGGCCCCCCUCCCGGGGCCUACGAGGCAGGCGGCCCUGGCGCCUUCAUGCACAGCGCGGGGGCUGCGUCCUCGCCAGUCUACGUGCCCACGCCGCGGGUGCCCUCCUCUGUGCUGGGCCUGUCUUAUCUCCAGGGCGGAGGCGGGGGCGCCGCCUCCGGAGCCACCUCUGGCGGCAGCUCCGGUGGGGCCCCGUCGGGUGCCGGGCCCGGAACCCAGCAGGGCAGCCCGGGCUGGAGCCAGGCGGGAGCCGAGGGAGCCGCCUACAGCCCCCCGCCUGUGUCGCCGCGCUUCUCCUUCCCGGGAACCACUGGGUCCCUGGCAGCGGCCGCCGCCGCUGCCGCGGCCCGGGAAGCCGCGGCCUAUAGCAGUGGUGGCGCAGCGGCGGGUGCGGGCCUGACGGGCCGCGAGCAGUACGGGCGUGCGGGCUUCGCAGGCUCCUACUCCAGCCCCUACCCCGCCUACAUGACCGACGUGGGCGCGUCCUGGGCAGCGGCCGCCGCCGCCUCCGCCGGUCCCUUCGACAGCCCGGUCCUGCACAGCCUGCCCGGCAGGGCCAACCCCGCUGCCCGACACCCCAAUCUCGAUAUGUUUGAUGACUUCUCGGAAGGCAGAGAGUGUGUCAACUGUGGGGCCAUGUCCACCCCGCUCUGGAGGCGCGAUGGGACGGGGCACUACCUUUGCAAUGCCUGUGGCCUCUACCACAAGAUGAACGGCAUCAACCGGCCCCUCAUCAAGCCCCAGCGCCGGCUGUCUGCCUCCCGCCGAGUGGGCCUGUCCUGUGCCAACUGCCAGACCACUACGACCACGCUGUGGCGCCGCAACGCCGAGGGUGAGCCGGUGUGCAAUGCCUGUGGCCUCUACAUGAAGCUCCAUGGGGUCCCAAGGCCUCUUGCAAUGCGGAAAGAGGGGAUUCAAACCAGAAAACGGAAGCCCAAGAAUCUUAAUAAAUCUAAGACACCGGCAGGUCCCUCGGGCGGUGAGAGCCUGCCUCCCACCAGCAGCGCUUCCAGCAACUCCAGCAACGCCGUCACCAGCAGCAGCGAAGAGAUGCGCCCCAUCAAGACAGAGCCCGGGCUGUCGUCCCACUACGGGCACAGCAGCUCCAUGUCCCAGACGUUCUCAGUUAGUGCGAUGUCUGGCCACGGGCCCUCCAUCCACCCAGUCCUCUCGGCCCUGAAGCUGUCCCCGCAAGGCUAUGCAUCUUCCGUCAGCCAGUCACCGCAGGCCAGCUCCAAGCAGGACCCUUGGAAUAGCCUGGCCUUGGCUGACAGUCAUGGGGACAUAAUCACUGCAUAAUGUCACCUCCUUCCCUCCUCAGAUUCCUGCACGGACUUGGGACUUGGAGGACAGCAGAGAUGAGGGUCUGGGCUCCUGGGAGCCAGCCCGCUCUGUUGGGGAAUGACUCCAGAAGAACAACUGGGAAGAAACUUGAAAUUGACAAUUUGGUUAGGGGAAGUGGGUGUUGGAUUUUAUCGGAUGCCUUUUCAAGGGUGGGCUACUGGAAAGAGCC